GAUUAAUACGUUAAUGUUAUGUAUAGUAUAUUAUAGUAAUAAAUGUGUCGAUAAAUUGUAAAACAAAUAUAAAUUACUAAAUAGUGAUUAACAAAAACUAAUUGUUAACUAAUACUAACUAAAUAUUUAUUUUGAAUUUGAUUAUACAAUCGGAUGAAGUGAUGCCCAUAGAGUCCAAUGCGUUAAUCAUUGCCGGCAUUGGCUUUGCAUUACUGGUUGUGGCCUUUAAUUCAGCGAUUCAUAAGAUAGACGAGGGUCAUGUGGGGGUCUACUAUAGAGGGGGUGCACUCCUCGACGCGAUAUCUUUUCCUGGAUUUCAUAUGAUGUUACCGAUACUGACAUCCUUUCGGUCCAUUCAAGUGACUCUACAGACGGAUGAAGUGAAGAACGUUCCGUGCGGUACAUCGGGUGGUGUUAUGAUAUACUUUGACCGAAUAGAAGUGGUCAACAUUUUGCAAUCCAAAGCCGUAUACGAUAUUGUCCGCAAUUAUACCGCCGAUUACGAUAAGGCUCUCAUCUUUAACAAAGUUCAUCACGAAUUGAAUCAGUUUUGCUCAAUACAUACACUACAAGAGGUUUACAUUGAUUUGUUUGAUCAAAUCGAUGAAAAUCUCAAGACUGCCCUCCAGAGAGACCUCAAUGAGUUCGCUCCGGGUCUUUACGUUCAGGCCGUUAGGGUUACCAAACCGAAGAUACCGGAAACUAUUCGUCGCAAUUAUGAACUGAUGGAAGGUGAGAAGACAAAGUUAAUGAUUUCGGUUCAGAGACAGAAAGUGGUUGAAAAAGACGCUGAAACGGAACGAAAGAAAGCUAUAAUUGAAGCCGAGAAGAACCAACAGGUGGCCAAAAUUAUUUAUGAACAGAAGAUUAUGGAAAAAGAAUCGCUUAAGAAGAUGUCAAUCAUAGAGGACGACAUGUUCUUCAAUAGAGAGAAGAUGAGAGCCGACGCCGAAUACUACAGCAAAGAGAAGUUGGCUGAAGGAAACAAUUUGUUGCUAACGAAAGAGUAUUUGCAGCUUAAGAAAUAUGAAUCAAUUGCUCAAAACUCUAAGAUUUACUUCGGUUCGGACAUUCCGCAGAUGUUUAUGGAGAGAUACUCUUCAAGUGAUUCAAUGACUGAUUCAUAUCUCGCUGCCAUCAAACAGAAUAACAAAGACGRCGCCUUCUCAGCAAAAGCGAGGAAACAAUCGGCUGAAAGUAGUUCCGGGACUCAAGAGACUGAUUAAUAGCUAAUUAUUUAAUCGCUAUAUUUUAUAAUAUAUCAUAUAAUAAUUGUUUGCAAACAAUUUUCAAGUGAUAAAUGAUAAGAAAUGUUUUAAUUUUAUAUAUUAU